AUGGAGGAUAUAGGAGACACUCGGGACACAGAGGACACAGGGGACACAGAGGACACAGGGGACACAGAAGACACAGAGGACACAGGGGAUACAGAAGACACUCGGGACACAGAGGACACAGGGGACACAGAGGACACAGGGGACACGGAGGACACAGGGGACAUGGAGGACACGGAGGACACAGGGGAAAUGGAGGACAUGGAGGACACAGGGGACACGGAGGACACAGGGGAAACGGAGGACACAGGGGACACAGAGGACACAGGGGAAAUGGAGGACAUGGAGGACACAGGGGACACGGAGGACACAGGGGAUAUGGAGGACACAGGGGGCACGGAGGACACAGGGGACAUGGAGGAUACAGGGGGCACGGAGGACACAGGGGGCACGGAGGACAUGGAGGACACAGGGGGCACAGAGGACACGGAGGAUACAGGGGACACGGAGGACACGGAGGAUACAGGGCACACGGAGGACACAGGGGACACGGAGGACACAGGGGACAUGGAGGACACGGAGGACACAGGGGACAUGGAGGACACGGAGGACACAGGGGACAUGGAGGACACGGAGGACACAGGGGACACGGAGGACACAGGGGACACGGAGGACACAGGGGACACGGAGGACACAGGGGACACGGAGGACACAGGGGGCACGGAGGACACAGGGGACACGGAGGACACAGGGGACAUGGAGGACACAGGGGGCACAGAGGACACAGGGGACACAGGGGAUACAGGGGACACAGGGGAUACAGGGGACACGGAGGACACAGGGGACACGGAGGACACAGGGGACACGGAGGACACAGAGGACACAGAGGACACGGAGGACACGGGGGACACGGGGGACACUGAGGACACAGGGGACACAGGGGACACUGAGGACACAGAGGACACAGAGGACACAGGGGACACAGGGGACACAGGGGACACGGAGGACACGGAGGACACGGAGGACACAGAGGACACGGAGGACACGGGGGACACUGAGGACACAGGGGACAUGGAGGACACAGGGGGCACAGAGGACACAGGGGACACAGGGGAUACAGGGGACACGGAGGACACAGGGGACACGGAGGACACAGGGGACACAGGGGACACGGAGGACACGGAGGACACAGAGGACACGGAGGACACGGGGGACACGGGGGACACGGGGGACACUGAGGACACAGGGGACACAGGGGACACAGGGGACACAGAGGACACAGAGGACACAGGGGACACAGAGGACACAGGGGACACGGAGGACACGGAGGACACGGAGGACACAGGGGACAUGGAGGACACGGAGGACACAGGGGAAAUGGAGGACAUGGAGGACACAGGGGACACAGAGGACACAGGGGAAAUGGAGGACACGGAGGACACAGGGGACACGGAGGACACAGGGGACACUGAGGAUACAGAGGACACAGAGGACACAGGGGACACAGGGGACACAGAGGACACGGAGGACACAGGGGACACGGAGGACACUGAGGACACAGGGGACACUGAGGACACAGAGGACACAGGGGACACAGGGGAUACAGAGGACACAGAGGACACAGGGGACACAGGGGAUACAGGGGACACGGAGGACACAGGGGACACUGAGGAUACAGAGGACACAGAGGACACAGGGGACACAGGGGAUACAGGGGACACAGAGGACACAGGGGACACAGAGGAUACAGGGGACACAGAGGACACAGGGGACACAGAGGACACGGAGGACACGGAGGACACGGAGGACACAGAGGAUACAGGGGACACAGAGGACACAGGGGACACAGAGGACACAGGGGACACAGAGGAUACAGGGGACACAGAGGACACAGGGGACACAGAGGACACAGAGGACACAGGGGACACAGGGGAUACAGGGGACACUGAGGACACAGGGAACACUGAGGACACAGGGAACACAGAGGAUACAGGGGACACAGAGGAUACAGGGGACACAGAGGACACAGGGGACACAGAGGAUACAGGGGACACAGAGGACACAGGGGACACAGAGGACACGGAGGACACGGAGGACACGGAGGACACAGAGGAUACAGGGGACACAGAGGACACAGGGGACACAGAGGACACAGGGGACACAGAGGAUACAGGGGACACAGAGGACACAGGGGACACAGAGGAUAUAGGGGACACAGAGGACACAGGGGACACGGAGGACACGGAGGACACAGGGGACAUGGAGGACACGGAGGACACAGGGGAAAUGGAGGACACAGGGGACACAGAGGACACAGGGGAAAUGGAGGACACGGAGGACACAGGGGACACGGAGGACACAGGGGACACUGAGGAUACAGAGGACACAGGGGACACAGGGGAGACAGAGGACACGGAGGACACAGGGGACACGGAGGACACAGGGGACACUGAGGACACAGGGGACACUGAGGACACAGAGGACACAGGGGACACAGGGGAUACAGGGGACACAGAGGACACAGGGGACACAGGGGAUACAGGGGACACGGAGGACACAGGGGACACUGAGGAUACAGAGGACACAGAGGACACAGGGGACACAGGGGAUACAGGGGACACAGAGGACACAGGGGACACAGAGGACACAGGGGACACAGAGGACACGGAGGACACGGAGGACACAGAGGACACAGAGGACACAGGGGACACAGGGGAUACAGGGAACACUGAGGACACAGGGAACACAGAGGACACAGGGAACACAGAGGACACAGGGGACACAGAGGAUACAGGGGACACAGAGGAUACAGGGGACACAGAGGACACAGGGGACACAGAGGAUACAGGGGACACAGAGGACACAGGGGACACAGAGGACACGGAGGACACGGAGGACACAGAGGAUACAGGGGACACAGAGGACACAGGGGACACAGGGGACACAGAGGAUACAGGGGACACAGAGGACACAGGGGACACAGAGGAUACAGGGGACACAGAGGAUACAGGGGACACAGAGGACACAGGGGACACAGAGGAUACAGGGGACACAGAGGACACAGGGGACACAGAGGACGCGGAGGACACGGAGGACACGGAGGACACAGAGGAUACAGGGGACACAGAGGAUACAGGGAACACAGAGGACACAGGGGGCACAGAGGAUACAGGGAACACAGAGGACACAGGGGACACAGAGGACACAGGGAACACAGAGGAUACAGGGGACACAGAGGAUACAGGGAACACAGAGGACACAGGGAACACAGAGGAUACAGGGGACACAGAGGAUACAGGGAACACAGAGGAUACAGGGAACACAGAGGAUACAGGGGACACAGAGGACACAGGGGACACAGAGGACACAGGGGACACAGAGGACACAGGGAACACAGAGGAUACAGGGGACACAGAGGAUACAGGGGACACAGAGGACACAGGGGGCAGCCUAUGA